UGUAACGAUGACUGGGAUGAGCACAUAACCGAUGGGAUGCGCUUACCAACGUCAGUCCACACCACCCACCAGAGGGCGCCACACACCCAUCUAGCUCUGUCUGUCUGCACUUGCUUACUUAAAACGUAUGACUGAUUGAUUGAUUGGCUGAUUAACGUGAGAGGAGGAGCAGGCUCGUAAAAUACAUGCUGUACUAUGUAGCUGUAUGUAUACACCAGCUCUGCUCAGGCACCCUGUGGGAGCUAUGGGGUUCAUUUAAAAUCCUUCCUUACUUCAUUAUCGCUGUCAUGCUACUGCUUCUCUCUCUCUUUUGAGAAAUGCCUGAAUAAUUUGUUGCGGUUGGAGAAAAACGGCAAGUUAUGCGUGCACACUUUUGAUUUUGAAUUGGUUAACUUUAUUUUUCCAACUUGUUUUGUUUCUUUAUAUUAGAACUUGUCAUUCUGCUGUGGUGGAAUGUCUGUGCUGUAUGGAGGGAGUAAGCCUCGUGACUAAGGAAAUAUAACUUCCUCAAACACACAGAACACUGCUGUUUGAGAUAAAAUGGGUGAAACAAGACGACGAGCUUUUAAAAUAGUUAUUCAGAUAACUUGGCAACUUCUAUGGCUGGCAGGUCUGGUGGUAGGUCUGAGUGGUGUGUACCUGUUGUUGAACUACAGACACAAUGGCCUCUUCUUCGCCCACACAUACAUCAUCCUCCCAGCAUGCCUAGCUCUGGCCAGCGCUACCCUCCUAUUGGUCAGCGGAGGACUGGGCAUCUGGGUGUCCCUCAGAAAGUCAGCCUUGCUACAGGGCGUGUUUGUCUAUCUGCUGGUCAUGGUUUUCUGCCUGGAGGCAACUGCUGCUGCUCUGGCCUAUGUCAACGCAGGAAAGGUGGACUCAGAGCUGGCUCCCUUCAGUAGUGUCUUUCAAAGAUACACAGGAAGCAGUCAGGACCUAGACUCCGAUGCUGUGGACGCCACACAGAAAGAGUUGCAGUGCUGUGGAAUCUAUGACUACCGUGACUGGUUGGCCACGCCCUGGUUUAACCACAGUGGGCGGGGCAGUGUGCCUCACAGCUGCUGUAAUUCCACCUACCACACCUGUAACGGUACCCUAGAGCUGCCCGGGCUACUAUAUCCAAAGGGCUGCCAGGUGAAGCUGGAGGAGGCCUUGCUUUUUGUUCUGCGCUUCAUCAUCUGGUCAUCUCUGGCAGUGGCGCUAGUGGAGACUGUAGGGUUUGUGAGUGUGGCUCAGCUGAUGAGGGACCAGCCUCUGUUGGAGUAUGGAAUACUGGACAGGGAGUGGGCCUGAACCAGAGUGGCAGAAAGUAUUCUGGACUGAGAAUCUACUUUAGAUAUACUAUGUCCUGGAACUUGGUAAAGUUCAUGAUGCUGUGGACCUUAAAGUUAAUAGUUGUCUGGGCAGCUCCAGAGGCCCUAGGGUACCAUUACAGGUAAUUGAUGUAAUCAUCCCCGAUCUUGUUGGUGAAACUGCUUAAGAGUGAUCAUCUUUCUUUCAUUAAACUAAUGUAUGUAUACACAUCUGUGAAGGGAGGAAGGAAGGUGUACUCUAAAAGUGUUGGACAGUGUCCUACACUUCUGCAAACACUUCCUUCGUUUCAUAAGGAUCAACUGGAAUAUGUAAAGGCCUCUGGUUUGGUUUGUUUGAUUUUGUUCACUGAUGUAAAUACAUGCUGGUUAAAGAAACCACUCCAUCACAAUAAAUUGUCACAUGUCCUGCAGAUGAUAUAUUAAUGACAUUUUUAAACUACCCUGCAUGGCUUUUGAGUAAUUGAUUGGUUGAUUCUGUGCUGUGUGGCUAUCGUGUGACUUUAACUUACCGGUUUGUAUCUGGGGUAUUCUGCAACUUCGGGCACUUUGGCCCUGCAAGCGUUCAGAAAUUAAAAGUUAUUGAAACACCAUUUUUAACAGUAUUAUAAUCGUCUUUGAUUUGUCUAGAUAUAAUAUCCGAUAAUGGCUGCAAUCGUCCUAUGUAGGAAUGUACACUACCAUUCAAAAGUUUGGGGUCACUUAGAAAUGUCCUUGUUUUUGAAAGAAAAGCAAAUAUUUUUUUUUGUCCAUUAAAAUUGAUCAGAAAUACAAUGUAGACAUUGUUAAUGUUGUAAAUUACUAUUGUAGCUGGACACGGCUGAUUUUUAUUUUGAUGGAAUGACUACAUAGGCGUACAGAGGCCCAUUAUCAGCAAACAUCACUCCUGUGGUCCAAUGGCACGUUGUGUUAGCUAAUACAAGUUUAUCAUUUUAAAAGGCUAAUUGAUCAUUAGAAAACCCAUUUGCAAUUAUGUUAUCAUGGCUGAAAACUUAUUUUGAAUAAAGAAGCAAUAAAACUGA